AUGUAUGGAGCUGCCAUUUUGAAUAAUGGUAUGAGUGGAGAGUGGGAGAUGGCACUAGAGUCAAAUUCUGGACUGAUACAUGGAUUGGUGAUGACUGGUUGGAAUAUUAAGAAGCUCCUGCAGGCUCUUCUUCCCGAAGUCGUUAAGCAGAUCAUCAGUAUUCAUCCUGCUUAUGAGUUAUCUGCUAGUUUUAAUGAAGUCCCUAGUUGUCCUUGGAAUUUCAUUUGGAAUUUGAAGAUUCCUCCUCGUGCUAAUAACCUUUUUAAGAAGGCUACCUCUCAAACUCAGAUGUUUCUUGCUUGGCAUUCUCCUCGUUGUGGCUUCUUUAAGCUUAAUAUUGAUGGUUCUAGAGUGAGUAACUCUGCUGGGUGCAUUGCUGCAGAGCUAGGUUUGCAUCAGAUAAUUGUUAAUUCGGAUUCUGCCCUUGUUGUUGAUAUGAUUAAUGGAGAUUGGGUGGACUCUCAUCCUAUGUCUGUGUUGCUUACCAAGUGCAGAGAGCUUUGGAAAAGCCAGUGGAAUUGCAGCAUUCUUCAUGUCCAUAGGGAGACCAAUUUUGCUGCUGAUUUUCUAGCUAAGAUGGGUCAUCAUAAGGAUUUGGGUUAUCAUGAGCUCUCUGCUCCUCCUGAUCAGAUGCAGUCUAUUUUAGAUGAUGAUAAGAAUGGUCUCUUGAGGCCUAGAUUUGUUUCUGUGUAA